AUGCCGCAAAACAAAUUAGAGGAGAUUGUGUUCAUCUUGCUGGGACUGACAGAAGACUCACAGCUACAAAUUGUAGUUUUCCUGUUUCUCUUUGUCAAUUAUGUCUUAAGCCUGAUGGGGAACUUUGUUAUCAUCCUGUUCACACUGCUGGAUCCCCACUUCAAGACUCCAGUGUAUUUUUUCCUCCAAAAUUUCUCCUUCUUAGAAAUUUCAUUCACCACACUUGGCAUCCCACGCUUCUUGUCCAGCAUUCUCACAGGGGACAAAACAAUCUCCUACAGUGGUUGUGUGACUCAAUUAUUCUUUUUCUUUCUACUAGGAAUUACAGAGUUUUACCUCCUGGCUGCCAUGUCCUAUGACCACUACGUGGCCAUCUGCAAACCCCUACACUAUCCCGUUAUCAUGAACAGCAAGGUAUGCCACCAGCUGGUGCUCAGCUCCUGGGUAAUUGGAUUCUUUUUUUUUUUUCCUCAUACUUUGCUCUUUGGACUCAAAGAACUGGAUUUCUGUGCAUCCAGAACCAUGGACCAUUUCCUAUGUGACACUUCCCCUGUCCUGCAGCUCUCCUGCACAGAUAUAAGUUUCACAGAACUGAUGGACUUUAUUAUAGCUUUAUUGACACUUGUCUUCACAUUGAUUUUAGUGAUUCUUUCUUAUAUAUUCAUCAUCAAAGCCAUUCUAAAAUUCCCUUCAGUCCAACAAAGGACAAAGGAAUUUUCCACCUGUUCCUCACACAUGGUUGUUGUCUCCAUUUCUUAUGGGAGUUGUAUCUUUAUGUAUAUAAAAACAUCAGCUAAAGAAAGGGUGAGUUUCAAUAAAACUGUAGCUGUGCUGUAUACAUCUGUGGCCCCAUCACUAAAUCCUUUUAUUUACACCUUAAGGAACCAACAGGUAAAAGAAGCUUUGAAGGAUUGA